UCAACUUCUGAAAAUCAAGCAUGGAAGACUUUGAUCUUAGCAAAACUGAGUUGUUAGCCGUAAUUAUCUUCCAUUUUCUGUUCUUUCACUUUCCAGUUUCCACAGCAUUUUCAGAGCAACGAGAUUAAGUGGUGGAGGGUAAAUGGAUGAUACUAUCAAUUUCGUGGUCUCUUCUUUUACUCUUGCAGGAAGGGGUUCCCGGUGGUUGGUGGAGAUGAGUACUGUGACAGAAUCAAAGUGACUGUGCCCACUGAUCAAGUCUCCGAAUGGUAUAGAGGUUACUUUGUGAUAUUAAUUAAGAGCUCGUUUGGAUACGGACUAAAGAAUACUUAUCAGAACUUAUCUACUUGAAUAAGCACUUGAUAAGCUCCAAUAAGUUCUCGUUAGUCCGCAUCCAAACAGGCUCUUAAAAAUAUAAACCUAACUCAUUAUGAGUUAUAACUAGUAAUUUUAGUGCUCCACUGGUGCACCCUUCCUUACAAGAACACCAUAACCUUUGCCUAUUCUAUCUUAAAGUAUUUUAAGAUGAUAGGAGUAUGCAGCUCCGGCUCAAGAAUUCUUAGAAAAAACAAAAGAAAUUCAAUUUCCAGAUCUUUCAAGAAAUCGAGAAGUUGACUAGACAUUUUUAUAUGGAAAAUGUUGGGUUUUCAAAGCAGUGCUAUUGGAGAGGAAGGAGUGCUGUCGGAGAGGAAGGUUGGCAAAUGGCAAUAACUUCAACUAAACAGUGUUGAUCUCUGUGUGAGAGGGAAUAGCCACAAUGGCCAUAUGGAGAUAGUAAAUUUCACAAGAAACAAAGAAGCAGGUCCAAUGGCGUUUGUGUGUGUUUCGGUGCAGCUAACAAAUAUAAUAUCUCUCAUUUUUGUUGGCCAUUCGGAUGAGCUUCUUUGGCUACUUCAUUUGUGAAUGUCAUUGGCCUUGAAGUUGAGAGUUUGAUCAAGCAAAACAAACUCUGAGAAAACUGUCUCUCCUUUUGCAACUAAGAAGCAGGUAGUACGAAGAGAAAUGGAGAGUGAACACCAAAAGGCAUCUCUCCACUCUCCUUUGAUUCAAAGCUCAAGGGCAACAACAGAAAGAAGAGAAGUUCUUGAAGAAGUUAAGAAGCAGUUAUGGCUAGCAGGACCUUUAAUAUGUGUGAGUCUCCUAAAUUAUAGCCUAAAUAUCAUAUCCGUCAUGUUUGUUGGACAUCUCGGUGAGUUGGCUCUCUCUGGUGCUUCCAUGGCCACUUCUUUUGCAUCUGUCACAGGUUUCAGUUUCUUGGUAGGAAUGGCAAGCGCCUUGGACACCUUAUGUGGCCAGUCAUAUGGAGCAAAGCAGUAUCAAAUUUUAGGCAUACACAUGCAGAGGGCCAUGUUCAUUCUUAUGAUUGUAAGCAUUCCACUUGCAGUUAUUUGGGCAAACACAAGAUCCAUUCUUGUUUUCCUUGGCCAAGAUCCUGAAAUAUCUACAGCAGCUGGGGAGUAUGCCAAGUUAAUGGUACCAAGUCUUUUUGGUUAUGGUCUUCUGCAGUGCCUCAACAGGUUCUUGCAAACCCAAAAUAUUGUAUUUCCAAUGAUGCUCAUCUCAGGAGUGACUACGUCACUACACUUUUUAAUAUGUUGGAUUAUGGUAUUCAAGUCUGGACUAGGGUACAGAGGGGCUGCUGUAGCAAAUUCUAUCUCUUAUUGGGUAAAUGUUUUCAUACUCUCACUUUAUGUCAAGUUUUCUCCCUCGUGUAAAAAAACAUGGACCGGCUUUUCCAGAAAGGCACUGCACAGCCUCCCCACUUUCUUGAGGCUUGCCAUUCCUUCAGCUGCUAUGAUUUGCUUGGAAAUGUGGUCGUUUGAAAUGAUGGUUCUCCUUUCCGGUAUUCUUCCAAAUCCAAAGUUGGAAACAUCAGUGCUUUCUAUCUGGUCGGUUUCAUAUUUCAGAUGUUUUUCACAUUUGUUUCAUAUUUUCAUCUACAUAUUAAUUGUGGGUGACUUGUGUGCUUUUGUCAGCUUGAAUACAGCAUCAACUGUUUGGAUGAUUCCUUUUGGACUCAGUGGAUCUGUAAGCAUUCGGGUCUCAAAUGAACUUGGAGCUGGUCAUCCACGUGCUGCACGUUUAGCAGUGUCUGUUGUCUCAGUCCUAGCCAUUGUUGAGGGUAGCUUAGUUGCGACAGUGUUGAUACUAAUACGCAAUAUAUGGGGCUAUGCAUAUAGUAAUGAAGUUGAAGUUGUCAAAUAUGUGGCAACUAUGAUGCCAAUUCUUGCAAUUUCCCACUUUAUAGAUGCAUUCCAGAGCGUUCUUUCAGGAACUGCUAGAGGAUGUGGUUGGCAGACAAUUGGAGCAUUUGUCAAUCUGGGGUCAUAUUAUUUAGUUGGAAUUCCAUCAGCUAUUGUGUUAGCUUUUGUAUUGCAUCUUGGCGGCAAGGGUUUGUGGCUGGGGAUCGUAUGUGCACUCACUGUUCAACUAGUUUCUCUAAUGAUCAUUACUACACGUACUGAUUGGGAGCAAGAGGCAAAGAAGGCCACAGAUAGAGUCUACGACUCAAUAAUUCCAGAGACCACAGUCUCAUGAAGCUGCAAUAUCUCUGCAGAUACGCAUUCUGAAUAAAGUCUAUUUGGACGAAAGCAAUGAGUUUUGUUUAAGUCUUUGAGGUAGAAAGUGUAGGUCCAGUUUUACAUGGUCUAAAUGAUAGAUCUUGAUAAUAUAGAAUAGUGUACAAUAUAUGAUGUAGCUGGCCAUUGGAUUUGUUGGGGGACAUCUCAAAUUUUAUCAAGGGAAAAGAAGAUUUUGGUGUACUGUAAGUGUGUAAAAGUCAGUCAUUAUCUGAAUUGGUUUUAUACUAGAUACAAUAUUGUAUGAUUACACAAGUUUAUUAAUAUUUUUAGUUGGAUUAAUAUUUUAUGA